ACGAAAGAAACUCAUUAAAAAAGUCCUCAGCAUAUGUUUGGAAUGACAGCUCCCUGAUUUUUGGUCAGUUUUGUAAAAAUGGCUGGUGCAUUAGCGCGAGUUAUUCAGGGAACGAAGGCUCACUUGGGUGUAGUUGGCCCGCUGGUGAGCGUCAACAAUGUGCCCGUGCGAUUCCAGCAGACGCAAGCUCCGCCACAAAAGGCGAAGUAUGGGCCUCUGGCAGAUGCCGACAGGGUUUUCACAAACUUGUACGGUAGACACGACUGGCGACUGAAGGGCGCCCUGAGUCGCGGCGAUUGGUACUUGACUAAAGAGAUUAUUCUGAAGGGAACUGACUGGAUUGUUAAUGAAAUGAAGACCUCAGGUCUCCGUGGCCGCGGAGGCGCCGGUUUCCCUACUGGUAUGAAAUGGUCCUUCAUGAACAAGCCCUCUGAUGGCCGUCCCAAAUACCUGGUAGUGAAUGCUGAUGAGGGUGAGCCAGGCACUUGCAAGGACCGUGAGAUCAUGCGCCAUGACCCGCACAAGCUGGUUGAGGGGUGUCUGAUUGCUGGAGCCUGUAUGGGUGCACAGGCUGCCUAUAUUUACAUCAGAGGAGAGUUUUACAAUGAGGCUAGCAACCUGCAGGUGGCCAUUGCUGAGGCCUACCAAGCAGGUCUCAUUGGUAAGAACGCCUGCGGCUCCGGCUACGACUUUGACGUGUUCGUCCAGCGUGGAGCUGGUGCCUACAUCUGCGGUGAAGAGACUGCCCUUAUUGAGUCCAUUGAGGGAAAGCAGGGCAAGCCGAGGUUGAAGCCCCCAUUCCCCGCUGACGUUGGCCUGUUUGGGUGUCCGACUACAGUCAAUAAUGUGGAGACUAUUGCAGUUGCUCCAACAAUCCUCCGCCGCGGCGGCGCCUGGUUCGCGUCGUUCGGCCGCCAGCGUAACUCCGGCACCAAGCUGUUCAACAUCUCCGGGCACGUCAACACGCCCUGCACCGUUGAGGAGGAGAUGAGCAUCCCUCUGAAGGAGCUGCUUGAGAGACACGCUGGUGGCAUCAUUGGAGGCUGGGAUAAUCUGUUGGCAGUUAUCCCUGGAGGGUCUUCCACCCCGCUCAUCCCUAAAGACGUAUGCGAGACAGUGCUAAUGGACUUCGACGGCCUCGUAGCCGCCCAGACUUCCCUCGGCACCGCGGCCAUCAUCGUCAUGAACAAAGAGACAGACAUAGUCAAGGCCAUAGCUCGCCUGCUCAUGUUCUACGCACACGAGUCCUGUGGCCAAUGUACUCCGUGCCGCGAGGGAGUAGGAUGGAUGAAGAAGAUCAUAUACAGAUUCGUUGACGGCAACGCUUCACCGAAAGAAAUCGAUAUGCUGUGGGAGCUUUCCAAACAGAUUGAAGGGCACACGAUCUGCGCCCUGGCGGACGGCGCGGCGUGGCCCAUCCAGGGCCUCAUCCGGCACUUCCGGCCCGAGCUGGAGCGCCGCAUGGCCGACCACGCCGCCCGCCACGGGCCCAGCAAGGCCGAGCGCUGCUACUAGACAUCCAGACAGACAUUAGGAAAAUCACCGACGAGUCCCAUCACCUCAAACCUUGUUCUAUGCAAGGUCAGCUGCAGAGAAAAAGUACCCCCCUGCAUACAAAAUUUCUAUGCAGGAGGGGUACCUUUUCUCUGCAGCUGACUGCCUGCCUACUUACCAAAUUGACAGCUCACAUGCCCCAAGUUGCCGAGCCGGGCCUACCGCGAACACCAAGUCUCUCAAAUUUCGGGCAUCUUUCUCUUUUACUCCGAUUGCAAUUAGAAUGACAGAGAUAGUAGCUCAAAAUUUGCGAACUACGAUUUUCGCGGUAGUAACCCUGUUAACCCUUUGAACGCCUCGCUUAUAGUGCGCGGCGCGUCAUCGUGAACCUUAUCGGCAUGCACGUCUUUGACCGUCAAAGGAUUAGAGUACAAGAUUGGCACAAAAGUAAGAUGAUUAUUAGUAAAUUAACCAACGAAACUGUCAUUUUAGUAUUUGGGAUACAUAAUAGAACUUUACUGUGUUUUUAUAUCCCACGUACUAAAAUUACUGUUAAUAGACCAAUCUACCCACUAUCAUUAUAAUACAAAAAACAGGUUGGGUUGUAAUUUGGACCAUGGAACUGACAAUUUAGUAUCUCGGACUUAAAACAAAGUUUAGGGUGGAUUGUACAGUAAAACUAUUAGCUUAGCAUUCCUGCUUACUAAUAUGUACGCAAGGGUGCCAAGCAAAUCGUUUUGAUGCCGGUUUAUGCUGAAAUCUAGAAAUAUAAAACCGGUUUAAUAUAGCCACCAUACAAAAUGCGGGUAUAUGCAAGGAGAUCCAAUUUUCGCUCUUUAAAAUUAUAAUUUUAUACAGAAUACUUUGUUUUGUAAAUUAUUACACAUGUCUUCACAUACGUGGGCCAUGUAAAACUUACAAAGUAUGAUGGCAGAAUAAUCAGAAUAUGUUUCAUUGAUAAAUAUUGUCUCCUGGCCCUUGGGACAGAAAAACAUGCAGAAAUAAUUGAUUCCCAGGGGUUAAUGGCGUUCACACUUGUAGUAUAAGUUUUUUUUUAUGUAAUAAAAAUCAGAUUAUAAAACAUGUAAUUUAUUAUUACAGACAGUUUAAAACAACAAAAGUUUUUAAUUAUUGGUCCGAUCGGAAUAUAAAAAAAAUCAUUUCGAACCUUUUCGCCGCCAUUGACUUGAUAUAAAGACUUCAUAUCAAGUCGUGGUUUUGGACAGGUUUGUAGACGUGGCGUUGAUGACACUUUGAUACUUCAUUGACGUGGCGGCGAAAAGUUUAAUAGCACCAAAAUAACCUUAUAUCAACAUUACCACUCACUACAGCUAAAAUAAAAUCAAAAUAAAUACUUUUGAAUUCCACAGUAUGAUUUUGGAACAUCGAAAUAGUACCCAAAAUAAACAAGUCUUCUGUUAUCGAAAAGCAACCUAACGCUCAUAAAAAAUAAAACACAUUUUUUUUAUAUUACCAAUUGUCCUCCUCCUCUCAACCCUUUGACCGCCACUGUCGGCUAUAGCUGACAAAGGUUACAAUAAAAAAUAAACUACUUACCCCUUUAAUCAUAAACGUCUACUAAAGUUGACAAGCCGCUAAUAAUCGUUUGUCCCUUUCCGACGUAUUGGUAUGAUGGAAAGGGACAAAACGAUUAUUAGCGGCUUGUCAACUUUAGUAGACGUUUAUGAAUAAGGGGGUAGUUUUUAUCAAGCAUAUACGUCUGGGAGCGAUACAAUGUUUUUAUAUUACAUAAAAAAUUGUAAAAUUGUGUCACAGUACUCGAACUUACGACAUUUCGGAACACCGGCCCGAUUGCUCUUAACCUUUUUGAAGCCGAUGACGGAUUAAUCCGUCGCAGACCACAGAGCAACAUAGACCUACGCGCAUAUGCAUAAAGUUCAAUUUCAGUUUUGACUCUUCGGUGACGUGGAGUCCGAGUGACAGCUUUUGUAUUUGACACGGCGUCGAAAAGGUUAACCACCUCAGCUAACGAAGCUUCACUAAACAUUGAUACAUUCUAAUAAAAUCUACAAUUGCGUGUUAUAUAAAAUAGUGGGGGUUAAAACAGGCACGCACAGAACGCUAUUUAUGUUUUCCGAAAUUCGCAGACUCAUUCUCGGUCUAUCAUGACUAGAUAGUUUAUUUAUCUUCGAUUUUACGUCAAUGCGAUAAGAUAGAAAUUAGCCUACGUGGAUUGUGACAUGCGAAAAUAUGUUAAAACGCUUUAUUAUCCUUAUUAUACCAGUUAAUGGGGUUUAUAUAUAUCUAAUCUUGUUUCCGCUGAGCUUUUACGUUUCAUUGUGUAUGAUUGAUCUGAAUAUAAUGGGGUAUUUGACUCCAAAGUAUUUCGACAGUGUCGACACAUUCAAAGACGUGUACUUAGGGAAAGAACUGGGAUAAAAAAAACCAUUGGUCGCAUACUAUUGCUACUCACUCAAACGCCAAAAUUUUCGAAAUCUAUCGAUCUAUGGUUAAAGACAAAAAAUCACUUUGACGCCAUAUCUGGUCAAACAAAGUGACGAUUGGAAGCAAAUUGCUAUACAUUUGACUCUUGCUUCGUAUGUACGUGAGAUACAGAAGUUUUAGGACCCUAUUCGUAACUUAAAUUUGUUGAUGGCUAGUAAAGUCUUCUUGGUAAAACAUUGGACGAUCAGUUUUAGGUGCCCUGGACUUUUAAAGGGUUACUCCGGUUUGGUUGUUGUUUUUACAGUAAACAUUUUAAGACUCGAGUUGGUGGCAUUAUUUACGUGAUAAGGUAGUUAAGCGUAAUUUUUAUUAUUAUAAAUCAAUUGAAAAUAAAAUGUUACUGUGAUGCCGA